UGGAGGUUAGUUAAUUUAAGUGUUUUGCGAAUGUGAUUGAAUUUUUGAAAUAAUGGUUAAGCAGCAUUCAUUUAGAUUAAGAAAAAACACAUCCAACUCCAUGCGUAAAGAUACUCAUAAAAAAAAUAAAGCGUUGAACAUAAAAUCAGAGCGUAAAAUAGUGGAUUCAAAUUUGAGCGGCCUUGUUUUUCCAGCAGGUGAAACGGCCUUCAAGAUUUUAUUAUCUGCCCGUUUUUGCGCUGCAAUUUGGUCACAUAUCACAGAUUGCGAUGAAACUUUCAAUUACUGGGAGCCAACUCAUUUUAUGGUUUUUGGGAAAGGCCUGCAGACAUGGGAAUACAGCCCUAGAUUUGCUAUACGUUCCUAUCUAUAUAUCAUGGUUCAUUCAACACCUUUGUGGAUAUAUAAUAAAAUUUUGCAGCCAAAUCCUCUUUUAAUGUUUUAUUUUUUAAGAUGCUUACUUGGCCUCAUAUGUGCUGUUACAGAAGUGUAUUUUUACAAGUCAGUAUGCAAAGAGUUUGGAGUUCAUAUUGGGCGAAUAUGUUUAGUUUUCCAAUUAUUUUCACCGGGAAUGUUCAUUUCCAGCACUGCCUUUUUACCUUCAAGUUUUGCUAUGUAUAGCUUUACUGCUGCUUGUGCUGCUUGGUGGCAACAAAGGUAUGCAUUGGCAAUCUUUUUUGUUGCUCUAGGAGCUCUAUUAGGAUGGCCCUUUGCUGCAGUGCUGGGGGUUCCAAUUGCUUUUGACAUGGUUGUUCGAAGAAGAGCCUAUUUUGAUUUUAUUAUCUGGAGUGCUGUUUCAGCAAUAGCAAUCCUUGGGCCAAUGAUUGUGAUUGAUUCUGUCAUUUACGGCAAGUUAGUGAUAGCUCCUUUAAAUAUUGUUCAAUAUAAUGUAUUUGGUGGUUCUGGACCCGAACUGUAUGGCACAGAACCCUUCUCCUUUUAUCUACUCAAUGGAUUGUUAAACUUUAAUUUAAUUUGGAUCCUCAGCGUUUUCUGUCCAGCAGCUUUGAUACUUAAUUAUUUACUGGUCCCCUCCAGAACCAGAAGCACAUUGUACCUACCUCACUGGCUGUCUCUAUCCCCAAUGUUUUUGUGGUUGAUAGUUUUUAUGUUUCAAAAACAUAAAGAGGAACGCUUUCUUUUUCCAAUAUACACUAUGAUUUGUUUGUCUGGAGCAGUUUCUCUGGAUAUAAUUCAGAAACUGUGGUUUCGAGGGUGGGCCUUUGUUAGAAAAAAUACUGGUGGUAGUCAUUAUUUAGAUAAAACUACCUUUGUGAUGGUAAUAACCAUAAUUGUAACAUCUAUUUUAGGUAUUUCACGAAUAUUUGCACUGUAUAGAAACUACCAUGCACCACUAGAUCUUAUGAUUGAUUUAAAUCGAUAUCCUCUAGAAAACAACAUACCUGAAGAUUUUGAGAUACAAAUAUGUUUAGGUAAAGACUGGCAUAGGUAUCCCAGUUCAUUUUUCUUACCCAAUCACAAUUGGAACAUAAAUUUUGUGAAAUCAGAAUUCAAUGGAAUGUUGCCCGCUCCUUAUUCUACUGAAGACAAUGCCACCAAGUUGGUGCACAAGUAUUUUAAUGAUGAAAAUAAGGAAGAACUAACUUUAUAUAUUGAUGUUGACAAGUGUCAUUUUAUGUUGGAUUUGGACUUGGGCAGGGAAACUGACUUGGAGCCAAUAUAUGCAAAGAGACAUCAAAUAUGGACUGUGAUUUCCAGUUAUCCAUUUUUAAAUGCAGAAAAGUCCAAUAAGCUAGCUCGAUCUUUUUUUGUUCCAUUCAUAAGUGAGAAAUAUGUUGUGUUCGGCAACUUUAGUUUGUUGCAGGCUGUGAAACUGAAAUUUACAUAGUACUUAGUGGCAAUGUGGCAGUGUAAAACUUGUCAAUGUUAAGACUGUUUUAAUUUACAGCUAGAAGUAAAGCCAGAAAUAAAGCAUUUGAGUAGCUGUUACCAUAAAAUUAACAAAGAUUUUUUUAUUUAUUUAAAAUGUAAAAUAUGUUUUUUGAUAUUUUGUUCUUAAUUAAAGUGAUGACUGGUAACAACUCUUUUAUUAUAAAAUAGGCGCUCAAUAUUCCCCAAUUAUAUUAUAUAAUAGUACUCAAGUCUUCUUUAUAAUAUUGUUUGUACAAAGUCCUUCAAAUUCAAUUCUCUAUCGAAAAUUGAAAUAAUUAAACUCUUUUCCUAUCAUUCCAGCCUUUAUCCUUUAAGAUGUGUAUCUAGGAUAACUUCCUAAUCUUUAUUUAAAAUAUAAAUGUGGUUUCAAUGGCUCCUAUGCAUAUACUCAAUGCUUUAAAAUUGUACCUCAGUCUGGAGUCCAUUCUAGAACAUUUGGAGUACAGAGCCGAUUAAGUGCAUAGCCAAAAGGGGGUUUAUGCACACAGGCCCGUGGUUACCUUGUUCCGCCACUGGCAAUAAUUCAAGAAACAAGUGUCCCUAUGACAUCAUUCACCAUGUUCAUUAUAUAUCUAUUGUACCCUAGUCUGGAGUAUAUUCUAGAACAUUUAGAGUACGGAGCCAGUUAAGUGCAUAGCCAACGGAGGUUCCGCCACUGAUAAUAGUUCAGAAAUAUAUCGCUAUUGUAUAUAAAAUUAAGUGAAUCUCUGCACCAAGAAAUGGUGAUUUUUGUCAUUCAAAGCUAUUUCUAUUGCUCCUUGUUCUGGCUUUG